AGCGUUGUUGCCAUAACAGCGGCGUGAAGCCCCGCUGCCUCACAGCGCCUCUCAGCUCAAAUCGCUGCAAAGCACUGCAUCGAGUGGCUUAUUGCUUCAUUUCGGACUUGCCUUGUAUAGUCAACAACACCGUCUCCUGCUGAAACAACCCACUGCUGUCACACGCAAGCGUGAAAUCUGACGUGAUGCUGUUGCCACCGUCCCAUUCAGCCGUUAGUUGGGAUCCUCCCUUCAGAGUCGUGCGUACAGCGCUGCUGGUAACGACAUUGUGCAGAGCAGUGUUUAAGCAGAAAACGAGCGAUUAACAGAAAGAAAUCAAUAGAGAAAUUGAUCCGGAUUGAUUUUCCUGCGGCAAUGUAAAGAUGGCGAGAGUGCUCCACAACUUGCUGUUAUUUCUAAUGAGACUUGCGCUGAAAAUCAGAGUUUUGGGGUAUUGGUCGCUGAUAUACGGUUAUUGUGCUCUUUGCACCAUCGUAGCCCUCCUGAAACUUUGGUGGAACAUCAUCCUGAGGCCGACAACAACCUUCCAAUGGGUGACUCGUGAAACUCCCCCGGCUUGUCUGAAUGACACGUCCUUGGGAACCCACUGUUAUGUUAGGAUCAAGGAGUCUGGCCUGAGGUUUCACUAUGUUGCUGCUGGAGAGAGAGGAAAGCCACUCAUGCUGUUCUUACACGGCUUCCCUGAGUUCUGGUUCUCCUGGCGCUACCAGCUGCGCGAGUUUAAGAGUGAAUUCCGUGUGGUGGCCGUCGACAUGCGGGGCUACGGGGAGUCAGACUUGCCGCUCUCCACUGAAAGUUAUCGUUUCGAGUUCCUGGUUACCGACGUCAAGGACAUUGUGGAGUACUUAGGAUACAACAGAUGUUGCCUCGUUGGCCACGACUGGGGUGGAACCAUAGCGUGGCUGUUUGCCAUUAACUACCCAGAGAUGGUGACGAAACUCAUCGUUCUAAACAGCCCCCAUCCUUCUGUGUUCACAGAUUACGCCCUGCGUCACCCGAGCCAGCUGCUGAAGUCCAGCCAUUUCUUCUUCUUCCAGCUGCCCCGCUUCCCGGAGCUCAUGCUCUCCAUCAAUGAUUUCAAGGCUCUGAAGGCCUUGUUCACCAGCCGCAGCACAGGGAUCGGGAGGAAAGGCCGAUGGCUCACUGCAGAGGACUUGGAGGCCUAUAUGUAUGCACUCUCCCAGCCGGGAGCUCUCACUGGAGCCCUCAACUAUUACAGGAAUGUCUUCAGCUCUCUCCCGCUGAGCCAGAACCAUGUCAUGUCUCCGGUGCUGCUGCUGUGGGGUGAGCGUGAUGCCUUCAUGGAGCAGGAAAUGGCCGAGGCAUGCCGCCUCUACAUCCGGAAUCAUUUCCGUCUCAACAUCAUUUCUGGGGCCAGUCACUGGCUGCAGCAGGACCAGCCUGAUAUUGUGAACACCCUCAUAUGGACCUUCCUCAAGGAGGGAGAGGGACGCAAAAGCUACAGGAACUAAAUCCACAGCGAGGCCUCCUCCGGCCCGUCCCCCUCUCGCUUGCCACACCUGGAAGCCUGGAAUAUGUCUGUGAUACCAAGCGACAUAGUGAUAAUUCUUUAAAUCUUUCACAUUUCAAAUAUUUUUUAAAGACAUCAGCAGUAAAGCAAAAGCACACUUCAGCGGAGAGGACACUGAGCAGUACGUGUGACACAUAUAUUAAAGAUGUUUUUUGCACAUGACAUCCGCCUUAAAGUUUGUCAGUUACAGCAUUACAAAUGUGCAGCAGAAUCUCCUUGUGACUUGUAUUGUGUGGUGCCUUUUAACUUAGGAGUUGUAGAGAUGUCCUGAGAGACUGGGAUGUGUACUUGUAUGUUUCACCGGGUUGCUCCACUCUUCUUUGGUCACAGUCCUUCGGAACCAUAACUCCCCCACUCCCUUUAUCAGGUAGUGUUGUUGAAAGGAAUUUUCUUUUUUUGUAUUUUUCCUCAGAGAUACUCAAAUGUAGAGAAUGUUGUUAUCUUGAUCUUCCUGUAUAGAAAUGUCAGUGAUGGUUGACUAUUGUACUAUUUUGUAUCUAUUCCUACACACUGCAUUUUGAAGUUCACUGAGCCAAGUCUACACCAUUUGAAUUUAUAAAUAAACUAAGUGUCAAUCUGUUGGACUGCA